UAAAAAAGUUAAAGCAGUAUGAAUACCUUUGCAAGACGGCGCAUAUUAGCUUUUAAAUAAGCUAAUAUACUUCGAAAUUUAUGUAAAACAAAUUUCAUCAUAAAAGCAUGAUAUUAUGUAAAACAAACAAAUGUAGCAGUGUUUUCAAACAGUAAUAUUAAAGUAAAACAGCUCUUGAAUAAUAAAUUGUUGUAAUUAAGGUCUUUUCUUGUUUUCAGGUUUGAGCUAUAACUACUGUUCUCAGCCUACAGCUCCCAAAAUGCAAUGGGCUCGGCUUCGCUUCCGGUCCUGCGCCGUUUCUGGAGCGGAUUGGAACCCGGAGUCAGGACUCGCUAAAUGAAGGCUGUUUUGCAGAAAAGGCUGACAUAAUGGCUGAGCAGACCCCAGAUGAGUUCAUCUGGUGCGAGGACUGUGGUCAGUACCAUGACUCGGAGUGUCCGGAACUGGGACCCCUGGUUACCGUGCAGGACUCCUUCGUCCUCAGUCGAGCUCGAUCAUCUCUCCCUAACAGCUUGGAGAUCAGAGAGGUGGGUAACAGAGAGGAGGGGGUGUUCGUCCUGCGUCGACUGGUCAAGCGGACCCGCUUUGGACCCUUUGAAGCGAAGAGAGUGCCCAUUCUGGAGAACGAAGGAGUAUUCCCUCUGAAGAUCUUCCAGAAGGACGGCACCGUGGUGUGCUUCGACUGCAGCAGCGAGGACGACUGCAACUGGAUGAUGCUGGUGCGACCUGCCGCCGACCACAAGCACCAGAACCUGACCGCUUACCAGCAGGACGACGACGUUUACUUCAACACCUCUCAGGACCUGCUCCCAGGAACGGAGCUGAGAGUCUGGUAUGGCGCCUUCUACGCCAAGAAGAUGGAGAAACUGAUGCUGAAGCUGCCGCCACCGCUGCCUCCACCAGAUGUCGCGUUGUCCUCUGCUAAAAUAAAGAUAUCAGACGCCCACUUGCUUCACACGGCUGAAGACGACAAUGCAGGUAUAACCCUGGAUCUCAGCAGUGAGGUUGCCUCAGUGCAGUCCUUGGUUGCCCCUGGUGUUGAGGAAGGGAAACCCCACACGGCCCAGGUUUGCCGUAAAAGAGGGCUGGGCCGCGGGAGGAGAGCCAGGGGACGCAGGCCUGGAGCGGGCCCCUUCACAAGCAGGACCAAAGACGUAAAGCCCAUGCUGGGAGGCCUGCAGCUGGUGGCCUCGGAGGCGGCUGCGGCGUCAGAGAGCGGCGGCCUGCUCACGUCCUGCGACGGCGUGGCGGUCCAAAGGAGGCACAAAGCCAGAGAGCACAAGCGGGUUUAUCGCUGCUCCCUCUGCAGUAAAAUCUUCCAGAACAGCAGCAACCUGAACAGACACAUCCGGUCUCACGGUGAUAAGCUGUUCAAGUGCGACGAAUGUGACAAGUUAUUCAGCCGUAAGGAGAGUCUGAAGCAGCACAUUUCCUACAAGCACAGCAAGAACAUGCCUGACCAAGACUACAAAUACAAGUGCAACACAUGCGAGAAAUCGUUUCGUCUGGAAAACGCCUUGAAGUUCCACAACUGCCGCACAGAUGACAAGACGUUCCAGUGCGACAUCUGCUCGCGGUUCUUCUCCACCAACAGCAACCUCUCCAAGCACAAGAAGAAGCACGGCGAGAAGCUCUACUCCUGCGAGAUCUGCAACAAAAUGUUCUACCGCAAAGACGUGAUGCAGGAGCACCACAGGAGGCACAGCGCGGGCGCAAAACAGAUGAAGAAAGAAGAGCUGGAGGCGAACGGAGAGGAAGGGACCAAGUACAGGAAGGAACCGUCUCCCUGCCCCAUCUGUGGGAAGGUGUUUUCUUGCAGGAGCAAUAUGAACAAACACCUGUUGACUCAUGGAGACAAGAAAUACACCUGCGAGAUCUGUGGCCGGAAAUUCUUCCGCGUGGACGUCCUGCGGGACCACAUCCACGUGCAUUUCAAGGACAUUGCUUUAAUGGAUGAGCAAGAGAGAGAAGACUUCAUCAAGAAGAUCGGCAUCUCGCCAGAUGACAGCGAUGAAACGGAUGAAGAAGAUGAGGAUGAUGAUCCCGAUCACCACAAAUACAACUGCAAGAAAUGUCAAUUGUCGUUUGCAAAGGGCAGAGACUACCUGAAGCACAUCAUGGAGCAGCACAAGGAGAAAGGUCACAGCUGUGCGAUCUGCAACCGUCACUUUGCUCUGAAGGCCACGUACAACGCUCACCUGGUCAUCCACAGAGAGCAGCUGCCCGACCCUGCAGUGCAGAAGUACAUCCAUCCGUGUGAAAUGUGCGGUCGAAUCUUCAACAGCAUCGGCAACCUGGAAAGACACAAGAUUAUCCACACUGGGGUAAAGAGCCACUGCUGUGAGAAAUGUGGCAAAUCAUUUGCGAGGAAGGACAUGCUGAAGGAGCACCUCAGGGUUCACGAUGACAACCGGGACUAUCUGUGUGCAGAGUGUGGGAAAGGCAUGAAAACCAAGCAUGCUCUGAGGCACCACAUGAAGCUUCACAAAGGCAUCAAAGAGUAUGAGUGUAAAGAAUGCAACCGCAAGUUUGCCCAAAAAGUCAACAUGCUGAAGCACUUCAAGAGGCACACAGGUGUUAAGGACUUUAUGUGUGAACUGUGUGGGAAGACGUUCAGCGAGAGGACAACCCUGGAGACGCACAAGCUAAUCCACACAGUGGGUAAGACGUGGAAGUGUGAACAUUGCGACAAGAAGUACCUGACGGAGUACAUGCUGCAGAAGCACAUCCACCUGACCCAUGAAAAGGUGGAAGCCCAGUCGUGUCACCUGUGUGGGACUAAGGUGUCGACCCGUGCCUCCAUGAACCGCCAUCUGCGCCGCAAACACCCCGAGGUGGCGCCAAUGAGACUUGAUGAGUUUGAUGAUUUUCAAGAAAACUCAACAGUUACUAAUUCCUCCAUCAGUAUUGUGCAGCCCACCCUGUCCUUGGAGAAAGACGGCAUGUCCCAUGAGAAGCCUGUCCGACCUAACCGGCACCCCAAGAAGAAGCAGAGAGUCCUAGUGGAACCGGAGCUCUCCGAGUCUGACGACUACGGCGAUUUCACUGAGCCGAGGCACUCGGCCAUGCCCGAAUUCAACACCGUCAUUGUUGGCGAGGAGACGGAGACGAGCUCUGCUGUGCAGAGCAUCCAGCAGGUUGUGGUCCUGACUGAUCCCAACGCUCCGUCAGCCCCCUCCCCUAGCAGCUCGGUCGGACUGACCAACAUCACCGUCACACCAAUCACCAGCCACUCCCAAGCCCAGUUCACCAGUCUGCAGCCGGUAGCCGUGGGCCACCUGACCGCCACCGAUCGGCCCCUCACGUUAGACAACUCCAUCCUCACCGUCACCUUCGACACCGUCAGCGGCUCCGCCAUGCUCCACAAUAGACCGUCUGAACUUGUCCCAGAGACGGUGGGUCCUACCAACGGUGCAGCACCCCAGUCCGUGGCCCACUUCAUCAACCUCACCACUCUGGUCAACCCGAUUAGCCACCAGCUGGAGGCGCCAACUCUGGCUUGGAGGCCUGUUCCAGCUGCCGAGGGCAGCCAGGUCACCCACAUGGAUGGGAGUCAUGGAGAACCUCAGGAGACCCAGAGUCGGGGUCCAGAUCCAGCCCAGAGCAACCCGACAGCCACCCAACAACAGCAGCAGCAGAGCAACUCCGCCCAGCAGAUGUUCGGCUAUUGAGUACUUACUGGAGGUGCAGGUCACCUCACUUAGACAUUGUUACAUAGCAUUUCUUCCUUUUUUUUUUUCUUUUUUUUUUUUUAUCAGACUGAUUUCCCUCUGAUGCCUCUGAAACUAGAUGAAGUGUACAGACUUGUUUUCCUUUUUUUUUUUUUUUUUGACAGAAUUAAGUGGCUGCUAUUGACGAAAUAAAGCAUGAAAGAAAUGGUAUGUUAACCCAAAACCCAGUGACAUACCACCUGUAGUUGAAACCAAAGCAAUAUUUCUCAGACAUCCGCUUGCCUUUUCCAGCCUUUCAAAGCAUGCCUCUUAUUCAGAUGAAUCUGCAUUGUAAAAGGGACUUUUCAAAGGGAGAACUUUAUGUUAAAGUUCGCUGAUGAAAUAUUUUUUUGAUUCAUGUAAACUGUAGUUUUUGUUUAUAUGUAAAAUAAAAAAAGUCAUUUUUUUCA